AUGAAGAGACGCAAUUUGUAUUGGGCAGACGAAAUCUAUGUUCUACCCGCUUCCAUUCUAUUGAAUUGUCUUCGACGAACUUGCAAAUUGGUAAUUCCUCCACUUUCUUUUUGUUUCUUUUCUUGGAUCAUUUAUUCCUCUUUUUGUUCGUCUACUCGCCAUCUUUAUGCAUUUGAUGUUGUUCUCUCUGUCGAACUUGCACGUUUUCUCUUCUUGUUUCUUCUUGACUUUGUCAUAUUUUUACUUUUUCUUUCGAGCUCUUUUCUCCUUCAAUUCGUACUUAAAACUGUCGUCGGUGUCCCUCUUCUUUUCUUUAUGACAUCAUUCUUGCUCUUUUAUUUUUAUCGCUAUAACCUUUUGAUUGAUGCUUUCUUUCUUGUUAAUGUCCGACUCCCCCGCGUCCUAGUGAGAGUUGAAGAUAACGUCUGGUUUCUUGAUUUGCUAAAAUUUCCCGCCAGAACUUCCCGCCACAACGACAAUGGUAAACCGUCAUCUUCUCACAAUAUCCUCAUAAUCUAUCAUCAUAAUCUAUCUAUCUAUCUAUCUAUCUAUCUAUCUAUCUAUCUAUCUCAUUCUGUCCACCCUAACCUGGGGUGGUUGAUAUGCCGUAAAACAAACCAAAAUCUAUCUAUCUAUCUAUCUAUCUAUCUAUCUAUCUAUCUAUCUACUUUUUCUGUGUAA